AUGCCUUCAGAAGAAAUUAAACGCUAUGUCAUUGUUGGCAUGGGCGUUCGCUCUGCCAUGUACUACCAGGCCAUCAUCCAGGACUUCAAGGAUGCAGCCAAGCUAGUAGGCAUCUGCGAUACCAACCAGACACGUCUCAACGUCGCGAAUGAUCACAUUGUUGAGCUGGGGGGUGAAAAGGUUCAAACCUACAAAGACACCGAGUUCGACAAGAUGGUCCAAGAGCAAAAAGCAGAUGUUGUCAUUGUCACAACAAUUGACCUCUUCCAUCACCACUACUGCAUUCGCGCCAUGGAACUUGGCUGCGAUGCGAUUACUGAAAAGCCAAUGACUAUUGAUGAGCAUAAACUCCAGGCCAUGGUCGACGCGGAGAAAAAGACGGGCAAGCAAGUCCGUGUUCUCUUCAACUACCGUUACGCUCCCCACCACACCAAAGUCCGUGAGCUUAUCGACUCUGGUGUUAUUGGAGAGAUAUCGACUGUGCACAUGGACUGGAUCCUAGAUUGUGCCCAUGGUGCAGACUUUAUGCGUCGCUGGCAUCGUCACAAGGAAACCAGUGGUGGUAUCCAGAUGCACAAGUCAAUCCACCAUUUCGAUCUCGUGCAUUUCUGGCUCAACACUGAACCGGAGCUGGUUUACUGCCUCGGCGAUCUUCGUUUCUACGGUAAAGAAAAUGCUGAGAAACGAGGAGAGAAGAACCUCGGUGAGAGGUACAAGGACAACAAAGACGCAAAGAACGACCCUUUUGCGUUCCAGCUUGAUGACAACGAGCGUAUGAAGAAAUUGUAUCUUGACGCUGAGCAUGAAGACGGUUAUGUUCGUGAUAGAAACUGUUUCGGCGAAGGUAUCACGAUUGAGGAUAAUCUAUCCAUGAUAAUCAAGUACAAGAACCGCGCUGUCAUGACCUACAACACGUACGCCUACGCGCCGUGGGAAGGAUACAGAUGUGUAUUCAACGGAACAAAAGGCCGUAUCGAGAUCAACGUUGUUGAAAGCGGGUACAACCCCCUCGGCGACCCGGUCACGAAAGAUGCAUCAGGAGAAGAUGAGAAGUACAUCCAAGGCGGUGUCGAACAGACAAAGAUUGUCGUGUAUCCCAUGUUUGACAAGCCGUAUGUUGUGGAUGUUGAGAAGCAGGAGGGUGGACAUGGAGGAGGAGAUCCUGUUUUGUUGAGGGAUGUUAUUUUGGGGGAUCAGAAGGAUAGCUUCAAGAGGGCUGCUUAUAUCAGGGAUGGUGGGAAUGCGGUGCUUGUUGGAGUGGGAGCGAAUCAUAGUAUGAAGAGUGGGAUGCCGGUCAAGGUUCAGGAUUUGGUCAAGUGGUAG